GGGGGCGCCAUCAUCCCGCCAAACCGGACGACACGCAGGAAGUAGAAGAAGGAGCAGCGUUUCCUGUGUUUCCUGUAUCUCCAGCAGUGAUGAUUUUCGUGUUAACGUUGAAACACGUUUUCUUCGCGUUGAAACUUCGUGGGAACGUUAAAACUUAGUCGGAGUGACGCACGCGCUGCUGCGAUCUCAGGUGUUGAAGAUGGAGCCCCCUGCUGGAGAAGCAGAGCAGCUGUGUGUAUUCAUGCUCAGAGCUGCAGUGGAGGAGGAGGAGGAGGAGGAGGAGGUGAAGAGGAGGGAGGUGGCCUGUCAGUGGGAGAGUCCACAGCAGCAGAGCAAAGAGGUGGCGUGUCAGAGCGACUCAGCAGAACACAGGGAUGCUGCUGUCCAGGUGGACCUGCUGACUCAGCAGCUCAGCUGGUCGCACUCAGCUCCGUCACCUGACAUGCUGCUGCAGUGUUUGUCCGUCAGACCUGAUGGACCACACGGGGGAGCUCUGCUGGAGCACUGCACCUCCUCCUCCACCAGGACCAGAACCAGAACCAUCAAACCUGCUGUCAGACUCUCGCCCACACUCAUUCCAGAGUCUAGAACCCAGAGGAGACCCACUCCUCAGAACCACAACACCAGCACACGGAACGCGGCGACUCCACGCCGCCGCAAACGCUCACGGCACCCCCGGUCACCUGACACUGAGCAGGAGGAGGAGGAGCCAGAGGAGGAGGAGGAGCCAGGAGACACUGGUGAUCCCAGCUGGACUCCAGGUCCAGGUGAAGAAACGGCGGCGUCUCCGGAGAGUGUGUGGCGUGACUCAAACUCCCAGCAUGCACUUGUGGCGGUGAAGCUGGAGGUCGACAGCAUCGUGUGCGAUGUUUGUGGGAAAGUGAUGAAGAACAAGUCGAGUUUGGCUCGGCACUCCUUCAUCCACACGGGGAAGAAGCCGUUUGCCUGUCACCUGUGCGAGUUGCGCUUCAACCGCCGCGACAACCUGCAGCACCACCUGAACAGGCUCCACCCACAUGGCGUCACCAGGCUGGAGAAGCAGCGUGCGGCGCCGGCGUGGCUCUGCGCCACCUGCGGGAAAACCUUCAGCUGCAGGUCGCGACUGAAGACGCACGAGGUCAUUCACUCCGGAGUCAAACCUCAUCGCUGUGACCUUUGCCCUAAAGCCUACAUGAGGACCAACGACCUAGAGCACCACAAGAAGAUCGUCCAUGUAGAGGGCGUGGCCACAACGCCACAGCCCAGCUCACUGCUCUGCGACUUCUGCGGUAAAGAGUUUAAAUGUCGUUCGCAGCUCGUCGUCCACUUACAGACGCACACGGGCGAGAGGCCGCAUCUCUGCGACAUCUGUGGGCGCAAGUUCGCCCGACAGCACCAGCUCAAACGCCACAAGAUCCUCACGCACGCCAACCACGAGAAUGGAGACGAACCGCCGACGCCCAACGCGUCCUUCACCUGCAGCGUUUGUGGGAAGCGGCUAAAAUCUGAAGCUCACCUUGCCGCUCACUCGCACGCCCACACGGACGAGAAGCCACACCGCUGCGGCGUCUGUCUGCGAAGUUUCCAGCGCGCCACCUGCCUGAAGCAGCACCACCUGCGCGUCCACCUGAAGGUCAGAGCUAACAAUGUAGUGCGUGGUGUCAGCGGGAACAGGAGGAGUGCGGCACAGGCCAAAACCUUCCCGUGUCCCAUCUGCGGAAAAGUCUUCAAGUUCAAAUCCCUACUGACGAGUCACUCACUGAUCCACAGCGAAGUCCGGCCGCACGCCUGCGACUUCUGCAGCCGCUGCUUCCGCCGCCGCAGCCACCUGAAGAGGCACCGCGAGGUCGUCCACGCCAACGGAGCGCGAGUGCCACAGAGUUUCGUCUGCCACAUCUGCGGCAAAGACAAGAAGUGUCGCUCGCAGCUCGACCGCCACGUCAUCAUCCACACAGGCGAGCGGCCGUUCGCCUGCGACCUCUGCUCCGCCCGCUUCAACCGCCGCGGCAACCUGCAGCAGCACAGGAGGCGCAUGCACGCCUUGGGGGAGUCGCCCACCGACGAGGCUCCGCCCAUUCUGUUUGAUAACGACAUGAUUCUGACGUACAAACAGGAAGAGACGGUGGUCACCGCCCACACGUCCACCGAGGAGCAAGAGGUGUCGGCCAACGAAGACGACAACGCGGACGACACACGACAGAUUCACACUUCCUGACAACAUGCUGACUCCGCCUCUACUGAGCUCGCUCAGAACGCCCACAUUGCCUAACCAUAGUGAGGCGGGGUUGCUGUCAUUUCAGAUGAAGCUUUUGUCACAUGACAUGGUUUUCAUUAGCUCCUCCUCCUCCGACAUCAUCUUUGUUUUGUAAAUAACAACAAUCAGAGUCACAGAAAGACUUUUUUUUAAUGAUGACAUCACACAUGUUUGUUUGAGCCAAUGUGCUGAACACACACACAGUCAUUUCCAUGGCAACUCAAACAGAUCAAAUUUAUUUUUCAUUAUUCAGUUUGAUUAGAAUCAUUAAUCUAUUGUCAGGUGAGCGUCCAGUAAGCCCCGCCCCUUCACACAGUCAUGACAUUGCUGACAAUCGUCACAUAAAGACAUCAUAUAACCAUGACUUCAGUCACAUGACAAACACUUACACAGUGCUAUGCUAAGCUUAGCUAAGCUAGUGGCAUGUCAUUGUGAGCAAGAAAGAAAAUAUGUUGAACUGUCCUUUUAAACACAGCCCUGCCCACUGAGCAGCUGACCUCUGACCUUUCUGCAUUCCAUAUCUGAGAAAUGUCAGCUGAUGUUAGCGUAGUAACAGGCUCAACAUUAAACAUUUUAAUGCUAACAAAUGAAAGUCAUGAAUUUUAACCAAGGUUAGCAUUAGCACAUUUGUCUUGAGUUGGUUACAUGAACAUGGUGCUAAUGCUAACUCUACAUCACCUCAGUUACAUGUUGUUAAUUUGUUAGCAUUAGCAUGUUGAUUGUUCACCGUGUUAGUGGUGACAGGAUGGACAUUCUAAUGCUAACACUACAUGAUCUUUUAAAAAACUUUUUUCAUCUGUUUUAAUCACAAACCCAUUACCACACAACACUCUCCUCCUGUGGCUCCGCCCCCCUGAGGGACACUGAUCCCUCCCACUUCAUGAAGUGCACAAACUCAUUUAAACCUUAAGGACUGAGGAGACAGGAAAUAUAGAAAGGAAAGAAGAAAACAGCCAAGCUGCGAGGUGAUGUCAUCAUCACUCAGUCAGACCUCGAUGCUGUCGGCUUUGGACGGUUUGGAGAUCCAGAGGUUUGAUCGGUCGGUGGUCGUCUUUGUGUGGGGCGUUCUUCUGUAACACAGGAAGUGACAUCAUCAUGGUCCUCAAAUCAGCUGUGAUUGUUUCUAAUGUAAUAUAAAUGAAAAUAAAUUUACACAAAAUCAA